AUGGAGAAGCCUGGAACUAUUAUGGCUCGGGAGAAAUUACUUCAACUAGAGCCUGGUGCUCUCACCCCCAAUCAUCUCGACCUCAGCCUUAUCGCUUCCAUGGCUGGAAAUGUCACCCUCCCCUCCGAGUCCAGCGUCAUCCACGUCGACGGAAAAGGCCUCGAAGAAGUUCAGCAGGCGUUACAAGUCUGCACCGAACUUGGGAUUGCCGGAGAUGCAAUUAGCAAGACCAGCUUUCCCCUGCCCAUCCUCCGACCCGUGUUGGACGAAGCCAGGCGUCAAGUUCAUGAAGGUCAGGGGUUCGCCAUUAUCAGGGGCAUCGGCCUUUCUGACUCGGCCCAGGAUAACACGAACAUGUUCCUGGGCUUGGCGAGCUACAUCGGAGAUGUGAGAGGUAUUCAGGACAAGCAAGGUUCCAUGCUCACUCAUGUGACGGCUUCCAAAACCUGGACUGUUCCUCCUGAACUCCGGCACGGUAUCCACACCAGCACCGGCUUGGCCUGGCACAACGAUAUGGGCGCCGAUACGAUUGCGCUCCACAUUCGAUCUUUGGCCGAGGAGGGUGGUAACACCUUCGUAGCUUCUUCAUGGACCAUAUACAAGGAGCUUGUGACGUCAUUCCCUCAAGUCCUUAAACUUCUGUGUGAGCCAUGCUGGCCCCUUCAAGUUUCUGGAAAUCCCCCAAAACACAUCGUCGCACCCUUGGUUCAAGUUCACAACAACAGGGUCUAUCUCAGCGUCGAUCCGGGCCGUCUUGGUCUCCAUCCCGUCACCGCUAAAGCCGGCCUGGGCUCUUCCGUUCCGAGCCUCACCACUUCGCAUCUCCAAGCCCUUGAGACCCUCUCUGAGCUGGCAACCAAACACCGGCUAAUGCUCGAUACUAAGCCCGGUGAUAUGCUUUUCAUCAACAACUGGGCCCUUAUACACGCCAGGGAUUCGUACAAGGAUCCAAAAGACGGCCCCGGUCGUCACCUUGUCAGACUCUGGCUUAGGGACUUCGAGUUCGGUUGGGAUGUCCCAGAGUCCAUGAGAGUGCCCUGGGAGGCUGCUUUUGGCUCUACUGGUGACGAAUAUCCGACCGGGAUUACCCACAGAAAAUAUCCGCUUGUGCCAUCCCACGACUACAAGCCACCAAAGUACACGGCUGGCUCGGCAGCAUUUGUCCUGGACGAUUCCGAUGACGUGAAUGGCGAGGGGACCGAGCCAUCGACAUCAACUUGA